GCAACAUGGCGACUUCCAGUAGAAGCAUCAUGUGAGGAUUUCUAGUAGCUGUUUCUACCGCAGUUUGUUCUGAAAGGGUGAUAUGAAUGGACUAAUUGGGUAUUAAUAUAAGAUUGGUGGCCAAAAUGUUGCGUUAUGCACUUUUGAGGGGUAUUUUCACGCGGAACUCCGGUGUUAAUGUUGUAAAAUGCGCUGCCGCGUCCUCAAAUGCGCUCAGAUCAGCUGUCUGUCCUUCCGAGCUGCAUCAAGGACCCUUCAGAUACAUUACAUUAACACCUUCGAGAUGGGCUGACGGCAACAAUACCAAGCCAAAUGCGUCGGAGCACGUGCACGAGGAAGAUACAAGCGUUGCGUUUGGUGAUUAUUCCAGAAAGUUCUCCUCCAGGCGAACCUUCCGCAAAACAUCCCCAGAGCAGCAGCUGGAUCUGAAAUACAGAGAUGAGGAUGAAGCUGAUGCGCAGCUGGUGGAAACGUUCAAGUCCAAAACGGGUCGGAAAAAUACACCGUACUGGUAUUUCCUUAAGUGCAAACGGCUCAUCAAAGAGGAUAAACUGGCUGAGGCAUUGGUUCUCUUUGAGACUGAUAUGCUCAAAGGUGAAAGGUUACAACCUGAGGAGUUCAAUUACACUGUGCUCAUCGGCGGAUGUGGACGCGUCGGCUAUCUAAAGAAAGCCUUCCAGCUCUACAAUAAUAUGAAGAAGCGAGGAAUCGAGCCAUCUGACGCUACAUACACCGCGCUGUUCAAUGCUUGUGCAGAGUCACCGUGGAAACAGGCAGGGCUGGAACAGGCAUUGAAUCUCAAGCAAGAGCUUCUCAGGAAAAACAUUCCUCUCAGAGCCAUUACCCAGCACGCCUUGCUCAAGACAGUUGCUAUUGCUGGAGAUCUGAAGUCAUGCUUUCAAAUUCUGCGGGAGAUGCUUCAAAAUGGACAACCCAUCACACAAGAGACAUUUCACUAUCUGCUCAUGAGCUGUGUGAAGGACAAGCAGCAUGGAUUCAGACUGGCUUUACAGGUGUGGCACCAAAUGAUUAGGAUUGGAAUAAAGCCAGACGCUCAGAAUUACAACAUACUUCUGCGGGUGGCAAGGGAUUGUGGGAUAGGUGAUACUGGUUUGGCUUUUGCAUUACUACUGAAGAGAACAGAUGAAGUGACCCCAAAACUCACAAGUGGAAGGAAAAGCCGUAGGACAAAAGUCAAGGAGGAGAUGUUGUGUCAGCACUUAGAUAUGGAUGCGUUUGAGAGUGAGCUCUUUGCAGACACCCACAUACAGGAGAACGAACAAGUCAAAGAGACUGAUUUCUGCCUUCCAAAUGCAAAAGAACAGUGCAAAAUAGACACGUCUCCAAAUGAGACUCAAAUGGUGUCUGUAUCACAAAGUGGCUCUCUGACAUGUCAAUCACAAAGCUCCCGUCUCCCAAACCUUCUGGACCCCAGCACUUGCCACUCAGGUGUAGUUGCCUUGGGACCUGUGAAGAGUGCUGCUGAUAGACUUGCUCUGAUUGGGAAUCUUGAAGGUUUUUUGGAGAAAAUGGUCAAAGACGGACUGGAGCCCAACAUCAAAACCGUCACACUAUUGGCUGAUGUCAUGGAACCCGACAGCCAAUCAGUGCAGAGUUUGAUUAAUGUUGCCAAAAAUAGCGGUGUCACACUGGACGAGAUGUUCUUUAACAUUAUAAUCAGAAGGGUGGCCAAAGCUGGAGACUUGGACGGGGCUAAGGCUGUAAAAGCCCUUAUGGUUAACAGAGGGCUGGUUGCAAAUGCACAGACAUUCUGUGGUAUUGCUCUGGCUUGCAGAAGACAAAAAGAUGCAGUGCAACUGCUUACGGAGAUGGAGUCUUGUGGACUUGUGCCGAACGCUCAUGUUUACAGUGCCCUGAUCAGCCAGGCAGUUAAGCGACUGGACUAUGCUUAUCUGCAAGAACUUCUUCAGCACAUGCACAAACUCCAAGUGCCGCCCAACGAUGUCAUCAUCAGACAGCUGGAGUUCGCAGCUCAGUAUCCUCCUUCCUAUGACAAGUUAAAAUCACGAAACACGUACAUGGACAAGAUUGACGGCUUCCGUGGGUUUUACAGACAAUGGCUGAAGUUUAUGCCUGGCCAGGAAACACCACACCCCUGGGAAAAAUACCGAUCCCCAAAACCAGAAACAGAACAAGAUGGACUCACUUCACAAAAUCAAAUUUCUAAAUAAAUUUGAUUGCUGUUUUUUUACUA